CCGGGCCCCGCCUGCCCUCCGCCCUAGGUGCUGGGUUGGAGCUGGCCGGGCACUGCGGGGCAGGGCGAGCGCGGCGGCCCGGGGGCUCGGAGGCGAAGAUGGCGUCAGGCAGGCGUGCCCCGCGCACCGGGCUACUGGAACUGCGCGCCGGGGAGGGCUCGGGGGCUGGAGGCGACCGGUGGCAGCGGGUGCUGCUCAGUCUAGAGGAGGACGCGCUGACCGUGAGCCCCGCCGACGGCGAUCCCGGCCCGGAGCCCGGUGCCCAGCGGGAGCCGGAGCCCGCGCAGCUGAACGGCGCCGCCGAACCGGGCGCCAAGUCCCCGCCGCUGCCGGAGGCGCUGCUGCUCCAGCGGCGCCGCGUGACGGUGCGCAAGGCCGACGCCGGCGGGCUGGGUAUCAGCAUUAAAGGGGGCCGAGAGAACAAGAUGCCUAUUCUCAUUUCCAAGAUCUUCAAGGGCCUGGCAGCCGACCAGACGGAGGCCCUCUUUGUAGGGGAUGCCAUCCUGUCCGUGAAUGGGGAAGACCUUUCCUCUGCCACCCAUGAUGAGGCGGUGCAAGUCCUAAAGAAGACAGGCAAAGAGGUGGUGCUUGAGGUCAAGUACAUGAAAGAGGUCUCACCAUAUUUCAAGAACUCUGCCAGUGGGACCUCGGUUGGCUGGGACUCGCCUCCUGCCUCACCCCUUCAGCGGCAGCCUUCCUCCCCUGGCCUCCCACCCCGGGACCUCCGUGAUGCCAAACACAUGUCCUUGAAGAUGGCAUAUGUCUCGAGGAGGUGCACCCCCACUGACCCAGAGACCAGGUAUCUGGAGAUCUGUUCAGCAGAUGGCCGGGACACCCUCUUCCUGAGGGCUAAGGAUGAGGCUAGCGCCAGGUCGUGGGCAGCUGCCAUCCAAGCCCAGGUCAACGCUCUGAUGCCCUGGGUCAAGGACGAGCUGCAGGCGCUGCUGUCAGCCACCAGCACAGUCGGGAGCCAGGACAUCAAGCAGAUCGGCUGGCUGACUGAGCAGCUGCCCAGUGGGGGCACAGCACCCACCUUGGCCCUGCUGACCGAAAAGGAGCUGCUCCUCUACUGCUGUCUCCCCCAGACCCGUGAGGCCCUGAGCCGGCCGGCCCGUACUGCCCCGCUCAUCACCACCAGGCUGGUGCACUCAGGCCCCUCCAAGGGCUCCUUGUCCUACGAUGCAGAGCUCUCUUUUGCCCUGCGCACGGGUACGCGCCACGGUGUGGACACUCACCUGUUCAGCGUGGAGUCACCGCAGGAGCUGGCUGCCUGGACCCGCCAGCUGGUGGAUGGCUGUCACCGGGCUGCUGAGGGUGUGCAGGAGGUGUCGACAGCCUGCACAUGGAACGGCCGUCCCUGCAGCCUCUCUGUGCAUAUUGACAAAGGCUUCACACUGUGGGCGGCUGAGCCAGGUGCGGCCCAAGUUGUGCUGCUCCGACAACCCUUUGAGAAGCUGCAGAUGUCCUCGGACGAUGGUGCCAGUCUCCUUUUCCUGGACUUCGGGGGCACUGAAGGAGAGAUUCAGCUGGACCUGCAUUCAUGCCCCAAAACAAUGGUCUUCAUCAUCCACUCCUUCCUCUCGGCCAAAGUCACCCGUCUGGGGCUCUUAGCCUAGAGGUCGUCAGAUGCAUUAGCCCUGAAGAGGGGGUGCCCACCACAUGGCCUGACCUGGCCCUCCGCUGAUUGCCUGCUUACCACUGGGCUGAGGGAAGGGAGAGGAAAGGAACAAGGAGGCAGAGACCCAGCCCCUGAGAGAGGCUGGGACCCAGACUCAGGACACAGUGGAUCCUGCCGGUGACGUGGUAGCCUCCCUGCUGCUCCCCCCACCCACACCAGUGCCUUUUGUGGAGAGAUAUUUUGUGUACGCAGAAGCCAUUCCGAGCCCGGGACCUGCCCCUCUGGGGAUCUUGACCCUAGCUGACAACUGCCAGGCCUCCUAGGGGCCCCUAAACUGUCCCCAGAGGCCCCACCUGAAGCUGGAGUUCCCUGGGGUCUGUGUCAAGAGAAAGAGGGGGAGCCUUUCUGUUCAUUUCUCCCAUCAGCUCUACCACCUUGAGGCAUCUGGUUUUUCUCUUCAUCCCCUCUCUCGCAUCCUUAGUCUCGGAUAAAUAAACAGCCUGUGAGUACAUAGGCAGCCUGG